GAAAAUUGAACUGUAAACUAUUAUAAUAAUGACUUUAGAAGAAAUUAUCUAUUAAUAUUUUAUCAUUUUGUACCAUGAAGUGGAAAAUCUAUUCUAUGGGAUUAUAACACAGACUAAUAAUUAUCUUAUGGUAUACAGAGUGCAUAUUCAUAUUUUCAAGUGCUGAAAAGUGAGGAGCGACUCAGUCUUAUUUUAACCAUCAGAAUGGACACUUCAUUUAAAUCAUUUUAUAUGGUUUACGAAUGGCUCUUAUCGGCAGUUGGUCAAUGGCCAUAUCAAACAAAAUUAAAAAGAAUUUGUUUAUCCAUAUUUGCUUAUAUUUCUAUAAUAAGUUUACUUAUUCCAGAGUUGUUAGGUUUGAAAAAAUAUUGGGGAAACGUGGAUAUUGUUAUUCAAUGUAUACCACCUAUUAUUGUGAUUAUUAUUGUCCUUUGUUUAUUAACAAACGGUAUUAUUAAAAUUGAAAAAAUGGAACUUAUAAUUAAAAAAAUGAAAACUGAUUGGAAUUUUUGGACAACAGAUUUAAAUAUUGAUAGUCUACAGGAUUAUGUUAAAAGUGGAAAAAGUCUAGAUUUGAUGUUUAUGUAUAUUGUUUGUGUUUUGGCGACUUUAUAUAUUUCUAUGCCAAUUACACCAUUAAUUCUGAACAUUAUUUUACCAUUAAAUCAAACACGAACGAAGCAAUCACUUUAUUUUACGGAUUAUUAUUUAAAUGAAGAAAAAUAUUAUUAUUGGACAUUAAUUCAUGGCUGUAUUUCAAGUUCAAUUGUUAUAGUUGUUUUAGUCAGUAUAGAAACUAUGUUUUCUGCUGUGAUUAUACAUGCAUGUCGAAUAUUUUCUAUUUUAGGAAUCAAAUUGAAAAAUAUUGUAAAUGAUGAUUCCAAUGAUGGUGUAAUUGAUAAAAAAAGACUUCCACAAAAAAUUGAUGAAGAUAUUAAAAUAUUUGUUAAAAAGCACAUGGAAAUAUUAGAGUUUGUAUACACUGAGAAAAAUCUUCUAUUGAAUCAACAGCAUUUCUGUUUCGUAGACGAUAUAUGUGAUUUUUUUUCAACACCACUUCUCGUAGUCUUGGCAUGUAAUACAAUUUUAAUAAGCGUAACAGGAGUUCAGACAGUGAUAAAGCUUCAUAAAUUUAAUGAAGCUUUAAGAUUUGGUUCUUUUACUAUUAGUCAAAUUUUUAAUCUUCUCUAUCUCAAUAUUCCCUGUCAACAAUUGAUUGAUCAUAGUAUUGAUAUAUCUAAUAGCAUAUACAAUGGAUAUUGGUAUCAAUUGUCAUCAGAAUCACAAAAAAUGUUGUUAAUGAUAAUGAGAAGAAGUUCAAGACCAUCUGAAUUUACAGCUGGAAAAUUGUAUACAUAUUCAAUCAGUAAUUUUGCUUCUAUUCUUCGAAUGUCUAUGUCAUAUUUUACUAUGCUGUCUUCGGUUCGAUAGAAUUAUUAAUAUUCCAUAUAAAUAUUUAAAACAAUAUUUUAAUAUUAAUAUAAAAACAGAAUAGUUUGUAUAAAAAAUAACUUAC